GAGUUAUGAAAUAUUUGGUGAAUUGGUGCAAUGUGAAUGUGAUGAGCCGCAACACAGAGAAUGAAAACUCAAACUUCAGAACUUAACUAACCAACGAAACAGAAAACAGAAAACGGUUAGCCUCAUCGCCACGUCUUCCUUCCUUCUCUUCCCGUGUUUUCUGUUAUUCUUAACGUACAUUUCCUAUUUCAUCUCUCAUGCUCAUGGCUCCUUCAACUACUACUUCUUCUCCAUUUCUCCCUUUUGCUUUACCAUUCUCUAAUUUUGCAUAUUGCUCCCUCUACUCUUCUGUUAUUAUGCCAAUUCCCUCUCUUCUCCUCCUACUUUUUUUCUCCCCUUCUUUCGGCAUCCUCAAUUUUCACCAACCCUUUCCAAUUGUUGAACCUGAUCCUACUCAUACAAAGCUUCGGAUUUCAAGUGAAGGAUUGGAGUCUAUCAAGAGAAUAACGAAUCCGAUUGCAUCUGUGGCAGUGAUUGGGCCAUAUCGCUCUGGAAAAUCUUUCUUGCUUAAUCAACUUCUCUCUCUUUCUUGUUAUGAAGGGUUUGGUGUUGGGCACAUGCGUGACACCAAGACAAAAGGAAUAUGGGUUUGGGGAACGCCUAUAGAGUUGGACAUUGAUGGAGUAAGAACUUCAGUUUUUUACCUUGAUACAGAAGGUUUUGAAAGUCUUGGCAAGUCCAACGUAUACGAUGAUCGGAUUUUCGCUCUGGCAACUAUUAUGAGUUCUGUGCUUAUUUACAAUCUCCCUGAGACGAUACGCGAAGCUGACAUCUCUCGGCUCUCUUUUGCGGUUGAGCUAGCUGAAGAAUUUUAUGGGAGAGUAAAGGGCCGAGAUGUUGCAUUUCAACCUGCUAAACUUUUGUGGCUUAUCCAACGUGAUUUUCUCCAAGGGAAAUCAGUGCAGGAAAUGGUGAACGAAGCUCUUUGGCAUGUUCCCAACAUUGAUGGGGAUAAAAAUAUUGAUAAGGUCAAUCAGAUUCGAGACUCAUUGGCUAUUAUGGGUGACAACAGCACUGCAUUUAGCUUACCACAGCCACAUCUUGAUCGGAUAAAGCUGUGUGAUAUGAAGGAUGCUGAACUCGAUCAAUCAUAUGUUGAGAGAAGGAAGCAAUUAAAGGAGCUUGUCGCCAGCAUAAUUCGUCCAAAGAUUAUACAGGGAAAGACUCUAAAUGGGACAGAAUUUGUGUCCUUCAUGGAUCAGAUGCUUGAAGCAUUGAACAAAGGAGAAAUUCCAUCAACAGGGUCUCUUGUGGAGGUUUUCAACAAGGGUGUUCUUGAGAAAUGUCUCAAGUUAUAUGGUGAAAAGAUGGCAACAUUGAAUCUCCCGCUUCCAGAAGAAUCUCUUGAAGAGGCACAUGAUAAAUCUAAAGGUGAAGUCAUUAAAGUCUUUGAAAAGCAGUGUUUUGGUCGUCGCCAUGCUAAGAAAUCAUUCAGGCAGCUUGAUGCAGAAGUGGAGAAGGUGUACAAAAACAUUAUUUUGCAAAACGAAUAUCUAUCUUCAAAGUCCUGUGAGGCAGUUUACACCAGAUGUGAGGAUAUUAUGGAUCAGCUUCAAGUUCUUAGGCUUCCUUCUAUGGCAAAAUUCGAUGCGGGUUUCCAACAGUGCAAUCAUAGUUUCGGACAUGAAUGUCUAGGACCUGCAAAGACAAACUACAAGCAACGGAUGAUGAAGAUGUUGGGGAAGUCACGUGCUCUGUUUAUAAAAGAAUACAACAAGAAGAUUUUCAAUUGGUUGGUGACCUUAUCAUUGGUCAUGGUAGUGAUUGGUCGUUUUAUCACAAGAUUCAUUUUGAUUGAAAUUGGAGCAUGGAUGCUCUUUAUAUUUCUGCAGACCUACACAAGAAUGUUUUGGUCAGAAGAAUCUCUUUACUAUAAUCCAGUUUGGAAUUUUAUAGUUGCAACUUGGGAAACUCUUGUUUAUAGCCCAAUUUUGGAUCUUGACAGAUGGGCCAUUCCCCUUGUUGCAAUGCUGUCAAUGUUCAUUCUUUACUGCUGGGCCUGUUAUGGGAAAAGGAAAUAUGGGUCGCAGUGGCUCUUACCAUUACAUACCAGCAACACAUAUGGUUUGAAUCGACCAAGAACAGACUAAAUAAACCAAUUAAUGCUGAUAUUUAUUUUUUGUUUAUUUAUUUAUUUAUUUUAAUGUGGGCAUCCCUUGUCUUUAGGGGUGGCAAUAUGUACCCUACCCGCGGGUACUCAACCCGACCCCAUCCAAUCGGGUAGGGUUGCCAACCCGAUCCGCAGCGGGUAGGAUAAGGUGCGGGUAGGGUUCUCGUGCGAGUCGGGUAGGGUGCGGAUUGAGUCUCAACUCUACCCGACCAACCCGCACUCUAUAUAUGUUUAUGUUAUAUACUUAAAUAAAAAUAUGUUUUAAGUA